AAGUAACUCUGGCAGCGAUAACCAUUCAAUCCAACGCGCUGAUAGCUUAUCUUUAGUGUUUUCAGCAACAAAAGGUUCUUCAGUCGCUGAGUAAUUGUUUCACUUACAAAACUAUUAAAUAGGAAAAAAUCGUACUAAUGGAGAAGCGUUCCACAUCUACGAUGCAGGUGCUCUAUGCGGAACUGGCAGCCGCUAAAUCUCGAAAUGCCCAGCUGGAAGAGGAGAACAUUUUGCUGCGCCAUCGACUAAAUCGCGCCUCUACCAACCACAGCACAAAUGCGGCCAUAAAUGUCGAGGCCAAGAUCAUGGCCUUUCAAUUGGAGGAGGAGCGGGAUCGUUUGGUGGAGACAGUGCAGCAGCACAAGAAGAAGUACAACAAGCUCCAUGACGCCUAUUUGGAGAAGGUAAAACGAUGUCGUGCCCUGGAGGAGAUGUUUAAGAGGCAGAAGACACUUACAGGCUUGGUAAUGAAAUCCUCUCUAGAUCAAAGAAAUGCAGAGCAACAAAUAAUGAAAGAGAAGCGGCAAUCGACCCAAAGCGAUCUCAAUGAACUGCAAGAGCUGAAGGCCAAAGUGGAGAAGCUCCAAAGAGCCCUGGAUGAGUCAUACGACAUUAUUGAUGAAAUGGAUUUUGAACUGGAAAGCGUGGAUUUACUAGAAAUGCAAAAUCAAAGUCUACGAGAUGAAUUGGCUGCUCUAAAGUUGAACUCCGAAGCAGGAGCGAUCAGUGUGGCAACUUCAGCACCCAACGAUGAUGAUCCUCCUCCAAAAUAUGAAGAGGACUAUCCUGGGGCUCAUUACAAAGCUCGUCGUUGCUCUUCAAGCAGUGAGUCUGGACCCAAGGAUGACGAUGCCGAUGCUGAAACUAUGGAAAGAGCUGCUCUAACCCAUAGCCUUAUUCAAACUGUUGAAUCGGAGAGCAAUGCUCUUCGACGAGAACUGCUGAGGUCCCGUUGCCAAAGAACAAUACGUGCCAAGUUGGAAAAGGAAAGUGAGGAUGCUGACUAAAAAAAGCGGUUAAGCCCAAAUCCCAAUGCAUAAACUAAUAGUAAACAAUAGAUUGUAAGCAGAACUAAAGCUGAUGAAA